UUGGAAGGGCUCUUCUGCAACCGGACUUUCGACAUGUACGCGUGCUGGCCUGACGGGAGCCCUGGCACCGCUGUCAAUGUCUCCUGCCCUUUCUACCUGCCCUGGUUUGAGAAAGUGAAGGACGGGCUGGUGAGCCGCCGGUGCGGUGCUGACGGGCAGUGGGUGACAGAGAACGGCAGCCAGCCUGAGGGCGCCCGCCGGUUGAUGGUGAGCUUCAAGGUGCUCUACACCGUGGGGUACUCGCUGUCGCUCCUGACCCUCGUCUCUGCCCUGCUUGUCCUCACUGUCUUCAGGAAGCUUCGCUGCACCAGGAACUACAUUCACGCCAACCUCUUCGCCUCCUUCGGGCUGCGGGCGACCUCGGUGAUGGUGAAGGACGCGCUGCUGGAGAGGCGCUGGGGCAUGGAGGUGCAGGAGGUGGCUGACCGGGAGGCUCUUGGGGUGCCUGGGUCCCCGUGGGUGAGCUCUCGGGGUCUCCUCUCACAGGCGGCACUGGGCUGCCGGGCAGCACAAGUGCUGAUGCAGUACUGCAUCCUGGCCAACCACUACUGGUUCCUGGUGGAAGCCGUCUACCUCUACAAGCUGCUGAUUGGGGCCGUCUUCUCCGCGAAGAAUUACUAGCUCUACCUUUACCUGGGCUGGGGGACGCCUGUGGUGUUUGUGGUGCCCUGGAUGGCCGCCAAGUACCUGAAGGAGAAUGCGGAGUGCUGGGCACUGAACGAGAACAUGGCUUACUGGUGGAUCCACCGUACCCCUGCACUGUCUUCCCCCCUGCACCAGAUCAACCUGCUGAUAUUCAUGCGGAUCCUCAAGGUGAUCCUGGCCAAGCUCCGUGCCAACCAGAAGGGCUAUGCGGACUACAAGCUGCGCAUCUUCGCCACCGAUGAGCAAACCACGGGCACCCUGCGCUACAUCAAGGUGUUCUUCACCCUCUUCCUCAACUCCUUCCAGGCCGGUGAGCCCGAGGAAGCGCAGGAGCAUCGCUGCUAUGUGCAAGAGAACAGAGACUAUUCUCCAUCUCCACACUCUGUCCGAGUCGUGGUGUCUCAAGGGAAGUCGCCUUGA